AUGGCUGCUCUUUUGUAUAUCAAGACCUUCGGAACAUUAGAUCGCUCCGCAAUUCCGAAAGCAAAAAAUAAUAUCUUCAUAUCUUCGCAGGAACUAUCCGCUUUUCGAAUAGAAAUUGGUUUAUCAGCUAUUAAUGUCUAUCACGGACGGUUCAUUCAAAAUCUGCAAUACUGA